GGCUGUUUAAAGCGGGCUCGGAGGGCUCCUGCCCGCCCAGAGCCGUCGGCGCUCCGCCAUGGGACAGGAGCAGGCCCGGACCUACCCGCCGCGGCCCGAGUGGCUGCCGGCCGCGCACGUCCCGUCGCUGGCCCAGUACGAGCGCCUGUACCGGCGCUCCGUGGAGGACCCGCACGCGUUUUGGGGUGACAUUGCUAAACAGUUCUACUGGAAGACUCCGCACACGGGGCCCUUUCUGAAGUACAACUUCGAUGUGACAAAGGGGAAGGUCUUCAUUGAGUGGAUGAAAGGGGCGACCACUAACAUCUGUUACAACGUCCUGGAUAGAAAUGUCAACGAGAAGAAACUUGGGGACAAAAUUGCUUUUUACUGGGAAGGGAAUGAACCUGGGGAUUCCAUGAAAAUCACCUACAGUGAGUUGCUGCACAAGGUCUGUCAGUUUGCCAACGUCCUCCGCAGCCAAGGUGUGAAGAAAGAAGACCGAGUUUCCAUCUACAUGCCAAUGAUCCUGGAGCUGGUUAUAGCCAUGCUCGGCUGUGCCAGGAUUGGAGCUCUGCACACCAUUGUGUUUGCAGGUUUCUCAGCAGACUCCCUUUGCGAGCGGAUUAUUGACGGCAGUUGUUGUCUCCUCAUCACAGCAGAUGCCUUCUAUCGAGGGGAAAAGUUGAUCAGCUUGAAGCAAAUUGCAGAUGAAGCCCUCCAGAAAUGUAAAGACAAGGGCUGCCCUUUGAAGAAGUGCAUUGUGGUGAAGCAUCUGGGGAGGGAAGAGAUAGCGGUGGCUGGGACAUGCAGCAAGUCUCCCCCUCUCAAAAGGGUGUGCCAGGAUGUACAGGGAAAAAAGACGGAGAGCUCACAGAGACUCCAUCCUAAGAUCCCCUGGACCCCAGGUAGAGACAUGUGGUGGCACGAGCUGAUGAGCGGCGCCAGCACGGACUGCGAGCCCGAGUGGUGCGACUCGGAGGACAAGCUCUUCAUCCUCUACACCAGUGGCUCAACUGGGAAACCCAAGGGUGUGCUGCAUACAGUGGGUGGAUACAUGCUUUAUGCUGCCACCUCGUUUAAAUACGUGUUUGAUUACCAGCCUGAGGAUGUCUACUGGUGCACAGCUGACAUUGGAUGGAUAACGGGUCAUUCCUACAUCACCUAUGGACCCUUGGCCAACGGGGCAACCAGUGUGAUAUUUGAAGGUGUCCCCACCUACCCUGACGUCGGGCGGAUGUGGAGCGUCGUGGACAAGUACAAGGUGACCAAGUUCUACACAGCACCCACGGCCAUCCGGCUGCUCAUGAAGUACGGGGACGAGCCCGUCAGAAAGCACAGCAGGAAGUCUCUGAAGGUGCUGGGGAGCGUUGGUGAGCCCAUCAACCCUGAGGCCUGGCUCUGGUACUACCGCGUGGUGGGAGAAGAGAGGUGUCCCAUUGUGGACACGUUCUGGCAGACAGAGACAGGUGGCCACAUGCUGACACCGCUCCCUGGUGCCACCCCCUUGAAGCCAGGCUCUGCUACGUUACCUUUCUUCGGUGUGGUCCCUGCUGUCUUGAAUGAGUCAGGGGAAGAGCUGGAAGGAGAAGCAGAAGGCUACCUGGUGUUCAAGCAGCCCUGGCCAGGGAUCAUGCGCACGCUCUAUGGGAACCACUUGCACUUCGAAGCGACCUACUUCAAGAAGUUCCCUGGGUACUAUGUGACAGGCGAUGGUUGCAGGAGAGACAGAGAUGGUUAUUACUGGAUCACAGGGCGAAUGGAUGACAUGCUGAAUAUUUCUGGCCACUUGCUGAGCACGUCAGAGGUGGAGUCAGCCUUGCUGGAGCACCCGGCUGUCUCGGAGUCUGCAGUGGUCAGUCACCCCCACUCCCUGAAGGGAGAGUGCCUCUACUGCUUUGUCACCCUGAGGCUUGGCUACGAGUUCACCAAGAGCCUGGAAGAUGAGCUCAAAAAGCAAGUCAGAGACAAGAUUGGACCGAUCGCAACACCUGAUUACAUCCAGUAUGCCCCCGGGCUGCCCAAGACCCGCUCAGGGAAGAUUACCAGGCGGAUCUUAAGGAAGAUUGCCAGGAAUGACCAUGACCUGGGGGACAUGUCCACCUUGGCAGACCCGAGCAUCAUAGACCAACUCUUCAACAACAGAUGUGACACUGGCCAGUAGCAUCGGCCCUGCUGUGGCAGCACAGUGUCCUGUGAGCAGGUCCCAGCUGCCUGCCCCGGGGUAUGGACCUUCACCCAUUGAGUUGAAUGUACAAGUGUUUGAAGAAGGGACAGGUUCUGGAGAGGCCACUUCUCACUGGUGUGUCCCUGCCUCAGAGUGAGUGCAUCCUGUUCCACAUGGGAGCUGUACACGUGAGGCUGAGCCUCACGCACAGGGGCACUCCUCCUCCUCCCUUUCCAGCACCUCCUUCUUGAUGUUUCAGUUAGUUGGGGCUGGGGUUGUUGGUUAACUUUACGUAAUUGAGGGGGGCUGGCACCUUGUGCACAGUGGGAAGGAACACUGGGGUUUGGAGGGGAGCUGGAGCUGGAGUAACUUGAUGCAGGCAGGGAAGGGAGUUGCAGCCCCCACAGGCCCAGCUGAGCUCCCUCUUUCUCCUUGGAGCACUGCAAAGCACAUUACAGCUGUGCAGCUGAGCCUCCGUCUUGCAUCCACUGUCGAAGCCUGCUGUUAGCAGGGGUCCUUGAGCCUGAGAGGGAGUGGGGCAAGGCUGAGGGGGCACUGUGCUUUAAACAGCUUGCUUAGAGCAAUGGGGUACCAAGAUCUGCUGCUUCCCAAGUGCACAGUGCCAGGGGCUGUGUUUUACCCAACCCAAGGUCCUGCAUUGGCCGUGGACACGACACAGAGCCACGGAUGGUCAAGGAGAAGCCUUGGUGUGAUGUGCUCCACAGAGCUCACAGCUGAGCUUGGGCUGAUGCUCCUCUUGUGUCCUGGGGUGGGAACGGGUGCUGUGGUACCCAAGGCAGGGAGCCCGUGCAGAGGCCACCGAGGCAGGCAGGGCAGUUAGUGCUGGUGUUUCAUCAAGAGGAAGAUCAUUGUGGAAGAUGUUUAAAGUUGGCUUUUGUUUAAACGUAUCAGGGAUUUAAGAUGUUGAGAUGGAAAAAGAACCCCAAAACCCAUAGCCCAAGAGCCUGAACAUCACAAGGGCACUGCCAAAGCCAUUCUUCUUCCAGUGAAGUACAUUUAACUCCAGCCCUGUGUUGAGCUACCUCCUCUGUAAUGUCUGUAUAAACACUGCAUGUGA